UUCACUAAGAAAAAGUUGGGAAACUCAGAAGCUAAAACACGUACCAACUGCCAUUUCCAAAGCCAAAUGACAAUUUUCCUAUGGAGAAGAAAAAUAAUAGAAGUUGCCUCGACGAAUUGGCGCUGGUAAAAGCUGCUGCAUGGGCAUGGUACCAGCAUGGUUCAGGGUCGGAUGAGAAGCCCAUGCGAGAAUUCGAUAUCACACAAACAACACGAGCGCCGUGUAGGCCUUCACGUUACAAGCUGGAAGCCAUGAGAAACAACGCAUCCAAAACCAUAAAGGGAUCAGAAACAACCAAUCCAAUCCACACCCAGAAUUCUCUCCUCGAUUCCUAUGAAAUCGAAAGCAUUUCCAAGCGACUUGGCCACCUCAUUGAGUUCAGUGGAAUCAAAUUUUACGAUGAUUUACUGUGCAUAGAUAGGGAUUACCAAAAGAAAAUGGUAUUGAAUGGUGGGAAGAAGAAUAAGAGCAACAAGCUGAAAGGGUUUCUGCUAAGGCGUGCGGUGGUGUGUGGCAGAAACCAAGAUGUGGAUGAUCGAGCAGUCAGAGGUGAGGAUGAUCAACGGAGACCGGAAAAACAUGCGCAUGUAAUUAAGAUGGUCAACUGUAAGCCAUGGGUACCCCAAGCUUGGUAAGUUUUGUGGGUGGCUUGGUCCUUGGCCACGUACUAAAUGCCUGCUGCUUAUACGUGUUCUUUUGGGAAUUAUUUGCAGCACCUUCAUACAAAUGUCAAAUAUUUGCAGUUUGGGUUUUAAAAAGUUUAAGGUGAGGGAGGUUUUUCAUUUUGGUGAUAAGGACAUCAUAUGUUAAGAGAAAAUUUCAAAUUUAUUAACCAGCCCGACCUGUUAGCAUUUCAUUCCUCGUUGUCAUACUAGUAAAAUCUUUAGCGAAAUCUUUCUCCAAUUGAUCUUAUUAUUGA